AGGGCUCGCUAGACAUCAGAGAGAGGUGGGAGAGGGGAAAGGCAAAGGAAAUAAUCUCAUAGUUUUAGGAGUGAGUAUAUAAACGUUCAUCGUCAGCAAGCACCAUAUUUGAUUCGGAAGACCAUCAAGCCAUCAACAUGAGGACCGAGGUACUUGCUUUAGCUAUCAUCCUCUUCACAGCUGUCCUAGCAGAAGACAAAUCUGAGGAUUUAGCAGCUGCAGAAAGUGUUCCUUAUCCCCACCAUUACUAUCCGGCUCCUGUCCAUGCAGCCGGACACAGUAGUCACGGUUAUGGAUCUGAAGGACAGCUUUCCAAAGGUCACCAGUCCCACGGAAGUGAACACUAUGCCGACCAUGGAGAAGAUGGCAAAAGUGCAUACGGAAAACAUGGAUCUCAUUUACUCGCUUCCUAUGGAGAUCAUGGUGCGCAUGGAUCUCACGGAGGCCACCACGACCACUAUGGAAAACACGGUGCUUUCGUGAAGAACAGCGGAAGUGGUUAUGAGAAGUCCUAUUCUUAUGACAAGCAAGUGCACUUGCAUGACAUCGACGCUCACAAGUCUGGUCACCACGACAGCCACUCCGAUCAUGCACAUCACGGUUACAAGAAUGCUGGCCACCAUGACGAACAAGGCCACAAGCUUUAUGGAGCUCACAACAAGCACGGAGGACACGAGUACGGUCAUGGUGCACACGAAAAGUCUGGCUACGCACACCACGGCUACGGCAAACAAGACCACGGAAAGCUCGGCUACGCUUCAAGCUACGGAGGUGGACACUACGCUGCACCUAUUGCUCCUGGCUAUGCCCACAAGGCCGUCGUAGCUCCACUGCCAGUAUAUGCACACAAGCCUGUUGUAGCUCCACUACCAGCAUACGAACACAAGCCUGUUCUAGCUCCCUUACCGGCAUAUGAACAUAAGCCCGUCGUUGCUCCAUUGCCAGUAUAUUCACACAAACCUGUUGUGCCAGUAUAUCAACCCAAAGUUGCCAUUCCGAUCUAUGAAGAGAAACCAUUAGCGCCUGGAUAUUACUCAUACCACCAUUGAUUCUGUAUUUAACAAGGAUGAUCUACUCUGCGGACUGAAAAUACCUCCUUGGUCUCCUGACAACAACGUGCAAAGAAGAACGUGUAUCAGCUGCCAGCUGUUCUCAGAAAGGGGUACGUACGAGCAGCCAACAGCAAGUUGUUGACAAGAGGCCUUCCGUUGCCAUUAAGAAGCGGUGUGUAAAUUGUACAACAUGUGUGUUGCGAACAAAUAAAGUACUUAAGUUUUUUAAAA